AUGAUUGUUGUUAGCUGGAACUGUCGAGGUAUGGCGGCCCCAUCGACAGUCUCCGAAUUAAGGAGUAUUUGUAAAUAUCUUAGGCCGUCUGUUUUGUUUCUUAUGGAGACCAAAGCUAGUAAUCUUAGUUGUGCUAGGACUAGGAGAAACUUAGGUUUUGAUAACAUGUUUUGUGUUGAGUCCCGGGGGUUGUCCGGAGGGCUCUGUCUUUUUUGGAAAAUUAAUAUAAAUAUUGAUGUUUAUGCUUGGUGUGAUAACUUUAUUAAGGCCCAGAUAAGCACUGUUAAUGUUAAUGCCUGGGAAGGAGUUUUUGUCUAUGGCCAUCCUGAUUUUAAGAGAAGGAAGGAGUUAUGGAAUGAGUUAACUUGUGUGGAUAAUAAUUUUCAUGUGCCGAGGGCUUUUAUUGGCGACUUUAAUGAUGUUAUUGCACAGCAUGAGAAAGUGGGGAUGCAUCCAAAGCCGACUAGUCAGAUUGACACUUUCAGGUACUUUAUUGACAAGAAUGCUCUCAUGGACUUAGAGUUGCAAGGUACUAAGUACACAUGGUUUAGUAACCCAAGGAAUGGUUUUGUUACUAAGGAAAGGAUAGAUAGAGUACUUGCUAAUUGGGAAUGGAGAGAAGCUUUCCAGCAUGCCACCCUUUCAGCUUUACCAGCUAUUAGCUCUGACCAUACGCCUUUAGUUCUCAAUGUUACACCCAGGGGAAUAAGGACCAAAUGCUUUAAAUUUGAAGCUUUUUGGGCUGAUCAUGCUGACUGUGGUAAUAUCAUUAGGAAAGGAUGA